CAGUCGCUCCAUGUCGAGUCUGCGGUUAGCCUAGCUACACUUUACAACCAGCGCCGUGCAUUUGACAGAUUACAAGCUUAUUUUUCAUCCGCUCCUGCAAGAGAAUUGUGUUUUUAGGCUACAAAGCCUCGUCUUACUGUUAUUUAGAGCGAAAGCUGAAAUAACAUGAAGGCAUGACAUUGAAAAACGUGACGAGGCCAGCGGUCCUCGGGAUUUCCUGACUCACUUCCCCGCCUGGCAUGCUAGCAGCUUCGGCUUCCUAUCUGUGCUGACCUUGGAGGUUGGAUUGUAUCAUCAGCAGUAGAAGGCUGAAAGCGCUGAACUAGGAGUAUGGACUGGGAAUCGUGUUUUAGAGUUGUGUGGUUGGCUACACUCCGUAAGUUAAAGUAGUGGUUUAUUUCAGCUUGCUGGCUAGCUAAUUAGCUAGCUAACUAUAUUUAGCUAGCCAGCCAUUUUCGGGGACACCUUGCAGCUAGCAGGCUAGCCGGCUAGUUAGCUGGCUAGUUCAGCCCCGGACUUUUAAGUGAUCAGUUAGCUAACUUCUCCGUUGCCCUGAAUUCGGGACGGAAACCCGGCCCCUUCAAGCGGGCGGUCAGGAAGAAACUGGCCGGGAAGGGAUGGCCUGGCGGGUCUUCCCGGCCUCAGGGUGCUGCGGUGUUUGAGGGAGGACGAGUGCGGAUAGAGCCCACCGCUGCCCGGACGAUGAUGGCCUCAUCGCCCUACGCGUCCGACGGCCUGAGCGCCUCCGGGAUCUCGGGCAGAAGGAGCGAGGAGAUCGCGGAUCUGAUAGAUUUGUUUUCCAAGACUCAGUACAGAGCGAAGGAAGUCACUCCCAGGGUGGAACGGAUAGAAAAGCGUUGUUUAGAGCUGUUCGGCAGAGACUAUAAGUACAGUGUUAUCCAGAAUGUCAACGGGGAGGUGUGCGGACACUAUCCCAGGCAGAUCGUCUUCCUGGAGUACGAGAGCACGGAACCGAAUAAAGACAGGUAUGAGAGCACGGUGCAGAUCAGUAAGCUGCAGGACCUGGUGAACCGCAGUAAGAUGGCCCGCUGUCGGGGGAGGUUUGUCUGUCCCGUCAUCCUCUACAACGGCAAACACAUAUGCCGGUCUUCCACUCUGGCUGGCUGGGGAGAGCUGUACGGCCGCACCGGCUACAACUACAUCUUCUCAGGGGGUUCUGACGACCCUUUGGCAGAAUCGGAGGAGGUGCUGGAGGAUGACAGUGCAGUACGAAACGGGGACUCCCAGCUGUUCGACAAGGUGCGAGGCCUUGACAUUAAGCUGCUACGCUACCUCUCAGUGCGCUACAUCUGCGACCUCAUGGUGGAGAACAAGAAGGUCAAGUUUGGCCUGAAUGUCACUUCCUCUGAGAAGGUGGACAAGGCUCAGCGCUAUGCGGACUUCACCCUGAUCUCUGUGCCUUACCCAGGCUGUGAAUUUUUUAAGGAUUACAAAGACAGAGACUACACCGCUGAAGGGCUCGUCUUCAACUGGAACCAGGACUUUGUGGAUGCUCCCUUGACAAUUCCUGCUUCCUUCACCAAGAACUUGAACAUAGACUGGAGUGAAUAUCAGUCUUGGGACCUGGUCCAGCAGACGCAGAAUUAUCUGAAACUGCUUAUUCAUAUCAUCAACAGUGACGAUGAGAGCGGGUUGCUGGUGCACUGCAUAUCUGGCUGGGACAGGACCCCCCUCUUCGUCUCCCUCCUGAGGCUCUCUCUGUGGGCGGAUGGUGCUGUCCAUGCCAGCCUGGAGCCAGCUGAAAUUCUCUAUCUGACCAUCGCGUAUGAUUGGUUCCUCUUCGGACACAUGCUGCCCGACCGACUGAGCAAAGGAGAGGAGAUUUUCUUUUUUUGCUUCAAUUUUUUGAAGCAUAUUGUCUCAGAGAAGUUCUCAUCUGUGAGGAAGCAAAGAAGGAAGAACUCCCAGUUCAGAGACACCGAGUUCACAGUAGAGGACCUCUGCCUAAUGAAGCCCAUCCACCGCGGCAGCGUGACGAGUCUGAGCAGCGACUUCUCCCUGAUCACCGAGGACGCGGUGGCGGGGUUCAGCCUGCCAGCGGAGGGGGCGGAUCUGCUGUCCGGAGCGCCGCAGGGCCAGGCCGCCUGGCGGAAGACGAGGACGUCCUCGCCCCAGACGGUGAUGUGGAACAAGCCGACCCCCCUGGAGGACAGGCUGCUGCACCCCCUCACUGACGCCAAGUCCUCCAGCUCCUCCUCCUCCAACCAAUCAGAGCAUGGCUUCACCCGCACCGGUAGCAGCCCAUUGGCCGUGCCAGGCAGAGGAUCGGUGGGGGAGUACGUCCGCUCCGGCUCCUCGCUGUCCACCGAGUACGGCAGCUGGCAGAUCGUGUCUGGCUGCGGCAGCAUCCAUGACCAUGCCCCGCCCCCCGCCGAGUCUCCCCUCCCCUUCAGCUUUCAGGACGAGGGACCCAGCGGCCGGAUGUGCCCGGCCCCGUCGGAGCGGCAGGCGCGGCUGGAGGCGGUGCGGGAGGUCUUCCUCGCCGCCUACAGCUCCACCGUGGGGCUGAAGUCGGCCGCCCCCAGCCCCUCUGGCGCCAUCUCUGGCCUGCUGGAGCAGUUCGCCCGUGGCGUGGGUCUCCGUGGCACCAACACGAUCGUCUGACGGCCCCCCGCCCCCCCCCCCACGUCUCCGAUCCCGGGACUCCCGAGCGGUCGGCGGUGCCUGGUCUGCCCCCCAACCUGACCGCGGACCCCGCAUCGCCCCCUGCUGGAUGCUGUGAGGACUGCAGUGUCUGGAAUGGGAACUGCACUGUAAUCGCACAGCAGACAGACUCUGCAACAAGUGCCAAUCAUCCAGGGGCUGAAGCUUCCUGUCAUUUUACAGUUUUUUUUUUUUGUUUUGUUUUUAUUUUAUUUUUUUUUGAAUGCCAAACACGACUGUAGUCCCCAGGUUUUUUUAUUUACGCUUUUCCACACUAUUUUUUUUAAAUGCGUGCAUGUGUUUGAAUGAUGGGGCGUGGGGUCUCUGAGCCUGUCAGAGUAUCAACGGCCUAAAAGGGAAGGGUUUAUCUCACUGAUGAACCCCUAAGAAAAUCCAACACGGUUUAUAACAAAAAUCAAACAUUAGGCAUUAUGUGUGUGUGCGCGUGCGUGUAUGCAUGUAUGUGUGUGUGCGUGUCUGGGGUUAAGAAACGGUUAGAGCGAAAUACAAGAUGGCAUACGAAAGGAAACUAAAGGAAUCAGCAAAGGAAUACAUGUGUUUUUUAUUAUUAUUAUUAUUACUUUGAGAUUCAAAGUGCUGAGCUUCCUCUAUAGAGCACGCAGAAUCUGUCCUUGGUUGGUGCCAUAAAGCUGCUAGUCAAACCAAGCUUAGAAAAAUACUGCAUUUGAAUCAUUGAUCUUCUCUGUAGCCACGGAUAGGUGUGAAAACUGCAUUACACAUUUGUAAUCCGCUUUAGCGCGUAGCCUGAAGGAGGGUCUUCCUCACUGUAGCAAGCAGAAGUCCAUUCUGAGCCACUUUAUGUUCAGUCAGUUGCUAAUUUUUUUUUUGAACAAAUCUCAGCGAUUACCUACACAUUUGCACAUAGACAGUAGCACAGUGUGAUACAGGCAGAGUAUAGGCCACCUGCUCACCUAGAGUCGUAGUUAUUCGUAGUUUCAGCCACUGCCAGCCAUGUUGAAACUUAUUUUGUGUGUCCGCACUGGCCAGUGAUUUGAAGAAGUCCGAUUCCUGCCGCAGUGCCACUUCUC